AUGAGUUACCAAAAUGCUGCACUUGAUUUAAGCACUGGCUCCCAGCCUGAGCCAAAGAGCCCAGAGAGGACAGAAAGUGUGACUGUAGAGAGAGACUAUGGCACAGGCCUGCUUGAAAACCAGCUCAGCGUGGAUGACUUUGUGAAGAUACAGAGGGCCUUCGAGUCUCCAGACCCAAGGGAAACCAUUUGUAUGUCCAGAGAAGAAUUCAUGCAUAAGAUGACCGAGACUGUUGGUUGGGGCCCAGCAGAAGAAUAUGGAGAGCUCUUUGACAAAGUGGAUGUGGCCCRGGAGGGCUUCAUUAACUGGAACAAGCUGACUUCAUUUAUCCUGUUAUCACUUUAUGAGAAAGAUGCACGGACAAAGGCAACUGUGGUUCCCCAGUGGAAGGACCUUGAAUUCCUCCCAGGAAAACACAAGGACACCAUUCAAAAGAUAAUUUUCUUAAAAAGUUCAGGUCAUUAUCUGACUAUCAGUAAAGAAGGCUUAUUAGGAAUCUGGGGAGAAAAUUUAAAGCUACAAGAAACACUUCCUAUCACUUCAGAUGCCACCAAACUGAAACACCUGUGGGUGACGUGUCUGGUUUCUCUGGAAAAUGUAAACAAGAUUGCAGUGGCUUUUACAAGUAAAGAGAUUUGUUUCUAUGAUCUACUGUCCAAAGAAUUUCCUUGUCAAUAUAAACUCCAAGGCCUGAAAGGAACACCAAUUUGCAUGGAUUAUUGGUGCGAUCCUCUUGAUGCCAAUGAAUCAAUUCUUUCUUUUGGGGACAUAACUGGAAAGGUCCAAGCAAUUGUUUUCACGGCAGCCUUGAUCUCCCUGUUUGAACGGCCUGCUAGUGCAUGUGAUGACAAAGAGGCCACCAUGACCAUUAACUGGGCAGAGCUGCUUUCUGGAUGUCACAGAUGUUGCCAUAUUCUAGGACAUAAACUUCACCGUGGAGAUUGGGUCAGACAAGUGACUUAUAAUGCAUCUUUGGAUGCUAUCAUUUCCAGUACAACCAGCAAUACAAAUACUGUGGUGCUGGCUUGGAGAGAGAAAUCAAAAAAGCAUCUUAAAAUUACAUCCUUCGACAUUGCCCAGGGCGUUCAUGCUUUUGAUUACCACUCUCGGCUCAAUUUAAUUGCAACUGCUGGCAUUAACAAUAAAGUUUGCCUUUGGAAUCCCUAUGUUGUUUCUAAACCAGUUGGUGUCCUUUGGGGUCACUCAGCCAGUGUAAUAGCUGUCCAGUUCUUUGCUGAAAGAAAACAACUUUUCAGCUUCUCCAGAGAUAAAGUUUUGAGACUCUGGGAUACUCAGCACCAACUGUCCAUCCAGAGAAUAGCCUGUUCUUUCCCCAAAAGUCAGGACUUCAGAUGCCUCUUCCACUUUGAUGAAGCCCAUGGACGACUUUUCAUCUCAUUUAAUAACCAGCUAGCAUUGCUGGCCAUGGAGAGUGAAGCCAACAACAGAGUGAGAAGCCACCAGAAACCAGUCACUUGCAUUCUUUAUAAUUCGCUCCUGAAGCAGGUAAUCAGCUCUGAUGCGGGAUCUACUGUUUCCUUCUGGAUGAUAGACACUGGGCAGAAAAUCAAACAGUUUACUGGUUGCCAUGGCAAUGCAGAAAUCAGCACUAUGGCCCUYGAUGCAAAUGAGACACGGCUUUUGACUGGCAGCACAGAUGGUACUGUAAAGGUAUGGGACUUCAAUGGCUAUUGUCACCACACUCUAAAUGUUGGGAAAGAUGGAGCUGUGGAUAUUUCACAGAUCCUGGUUCUUAAGAAGACAAUACUGAUAACAGGCUGGGAAAGAGCUAUUACUGUGUUUCGACCCCAAAACUUCAAUCGAUUUUUCAUCCAGCCUGAAGAAUGGAAAGGUGGAAUACAGCACCAAGAUGACAUCCUGUGUGCUGCCUUUUUACCUCCACAAACUCUUGCUACAGGGAGUUAUGAUGGAGAAAUUGUUCUGUGGAACAAUAGCACAGAAAAUGCUCACUAUGUACUUCACCCUGAUUACCAGAGGUUGCUAAAAUCAAAAUCAGACACAGAGCCUCAAGACCUUCUCAGUGCUGAGAAGAGCCCCUCUUCCCACCACAUGGCAGAUCAGGCCACCCUGGCAGCCUACACCUUGGAGAUUGACACCGAGGGUAACAAUGCUGUUAUGAGGCUUUGCUUCCUUGAAGCAAGGAAAACCAAUGCAACCACAGGAGGAGCUAACCUGGUAUCAUGUGGUGGGUCUGGUUAUGUCAGAUUCUGGAAUACAUUUAAGAAACAACUUCUGGCUGAGUUUUUGGCCCACAGAGGAGCCAGAUCCAUUAUUAUGUCUAUUGAUAAACUGAACCGAUACCUUACCACAGGAGAUCUUGAUGGAUGUUUGAAAAUCUGGAAUAUAGAGGACUACUGUCUUAAUUCCAGUGAGAACAAAGUCACACAACCCCCAAUGCUAAUAAGAUCAUUCCAACCUCAUGAGGACCGGAUAACUUCCUUGGAGGUUUGUGAGCGAGGUGGCCAUCUACUGAUUGUCUCCUCCUCUGCAGACUGCAGCAUUUGUGUGACUGGAAUCUGCAAUGCUCCUAUUUGGAUCUUUGGUCAGGCAAAGCAUUGGCAUAUUGACAACUGUCUUUCUCCUCCUAAAAGAGAUACUAAUUUAWUGGAAAGUGAAACUCAAGAGGAAAGUAUGAGAGCAAAACCUUUGUUUUCUAAAGAGGAAUCAUAUUUAGACCCAACAGAAUAUUCUCUACUUAACAAGAAAAACAAAGAUCACUCAACAUACAAUGUCAAACCAUCAGAAGAUAUAAAUUUAGACAUAAAAUAUGAGGAAAGAGAUAUUUAUAAGAAAAAAACACCUAAACUUUAUUAUGAUGAAACUAUACAAAAAUCAGCCAGUAAUGCCUUUAGGUCAUUAAGCAUCCAAGGGCUGAAAGAGCUGCCGGAAGUGAAGAAACCUUCUUUCCUUCUAGACCUUGAGAAAUACUUUAGGGAAGAGCCAGAGGAGGAGCAUCCCCACAUUYCAGAGCUUCCUUUACUUUCUGAAACUUUGAAAGCUGUAUUUGUUGAAAAAAACCUGUUCCCCAAAGAAAUUCUGGAUCAUGAAAGAAAAGCCAAGCAAUUACAUCAGGAAACAAGUUGUGAAGUGAAGAUAAAGAGAAAUAAGAAGGGAUUGCCUGAUUAUCAAUGGCAGAUUGGCAUUGGAACGUAG